ACAGACUGUAUUACCGGAGCGAUGCUUGAAGUCACUCUCAUCAGCAACAAAGCGAAGCGACAGCAGCAGCAGCACUGACGUAAACUAUCCACCACAUCACCGGAACAUACGGACCAGGACCGACACCAUAUCGUCUCCUCCGAAGGACAUAUGGAAACGGAGCGCUGAGAGAGACGUGAUGAUGCUCGGACUCCGAUUCACGGCAACAUUUCAAAUGCGCGUUAAAUGGAGACUCAUGACAAGAGAUGCUGCAGGGUGCCGCAUUGCCUGGCCGCUUGAUGAUGGUAGGAUAGAGCAGCGCUUUUAACCGUGAUGCUCGUUCUUAGAUGCUUUCGGGGUGGGAUUUGUAGUCGAUCGAAUGCCUCAGAUUUGAUCAUACGCAAACUAAGACGAUUUCAGCUUGCUUAAGCCAUACAUGCAUACACAUAUACACUCGAUUACCACGACCAGAUGAAUGUGAAUUUACGUUGCAGAACAAGCAUUAAUAAACCCACAAUACAGGUGAAAUCAGAAGGAGUAUAUGAGGUGAACUAACAGUGUCGUAGCUUACACUCAGGACCAUCUCUGAAGUCAGGUUUUUAUUUGCAAGCGCUGCAGUGAUAGGGCUCUUUAUGAUUGAUAUUUUCAUCAUCAGUUAGGAAAUAUAUAUUGAUAGUAUAUAGAGUCAGUCUUGGUCCAGUGUAAGGACAAUGACUCAUUUACAGGCAGGCCUCUCUCCAGAAACCCUGGAGAAAGCCAAGGUGGAGUUAAAGGAGAACCCCGACACAUUACAUCAGGACAUACAGGAGGUGAGGGACAUGAUCAUCACCCGUCCAGACAUUGGCUUUCUCAGGACAGAUGAUGCUUUUAUCCUGCGCUUUCUUAGAGCCCGGAAAUUUAACCAUUUCGAGGCCUUCCGCCUCCUGGCCCAGUACUUUGAGUACCGGCAACAGAACCUUGAUAUGUUCAAGAACCUCAAGGCCACCGAUCCGGGGAUCAAGCAGGCUCUGAAGGAUGGAUUUCCUGGGGUUCUGUCCAAUUUGGAUAGAUAUGGGAGGAAGAUUCUGGUUCUGUUCGCGGCGAACUGGGAUCAGAGCAGGUACACUUUUGUGGAUAUUCUGCGAGCUAUUUUACUUUCUCUGGAGGCAAUGAUAGAAGACCCCGAGCUACAAGUAAAUGGAUUUGUCUUGAUCAUUGACUGGAGUAACUUCACUUUCAAGCAAGCUUCCAAGUUAACCCCAAGCAUGCUGAGAUUGGCAAUUGAGGGCCUACAGGAUAGCUUUCCAGCAAGAUUUGGAGGCAUUCAUUUUGUUAACCAACCUUGGUACAUCCACGCUUUGUACACAGUCAUCCGGCCUUUCCUCAAGGACAAAACAAGAAAAAGGAUUUUCAUGCAUGGAAACAAUCUGAACAGCUUGCACCAGCUAAUCUUGCCUGAGAUUCUGCCGUCUGAGCUGGGUGGCAUGCUGCCUCCUUACGACAUGGGCACCUGGGCCAGAACGUUGCUGGACCACGCGUAUGAUGAGGAGACGGACUACUGCCCUGAGUCCUACACCUUGUCUGUCAAAGACCUGGAGAAAGAUCUAUCCCCUAAAACUAUGAAAAGGUCCCAGUCCGUGGUGGAACCAGGUGUCCUGAAACGACCAGAGAAAGUGAAAAACGAAGAAGAAAACAUGCAGCCACUGCUUUCUCUGGACUAAAGGCUUUUAAUUCCCCAGGCAAAGAGGAAACGCCAAGCCCCGUACACUGGGGAGGAGCGCACCUUGUUCCUAUAACACAAAGGGGGGAAAAGUAUAAAGAAAGGAAAUGUUAAAGAGCAAAAGAACACACAAACAGCCUCCAGGAACAAUACAGAGAGCUGCCAGUUUAAAUGAUAUUUUUGAAGCAAAGAGCUUACGGCGGGACUUCCGUAUGUGAUUGUCAAGUGCCAAUUCAAAUCUGUAAAUACACUUCAGUUCUAGACGUGAGAUUGAGGGAGUAAUUGUGACAUGAACCUGUAAAGACUGCUGUGAAUAUCCUGUGUGUGCUUCUUGUGAUUGGUUAUUAUGUAGAACACGGUACAGUAGGAUGGGUAAUCAUGCUUAUAAAGAUUCACAAGCUUUGGGGUAACCUACAUUUAUAAUCCCCAAAUCAGGUUUCACAGCGAAUACCCCUUUACAAAGAAAAGAUUUUUCUAAUGAGCGUUUGCUAAUAUUAUUUUAACACAUGCUUUUCGGUUUAGUAUUCUUACAGUAUAUCCCAGAGGGGUCGAAUCACAUUUAGUAGACUUUAGCUGAUUCUUCACUGAUGGCCUUUUUGUUUACACUCUGUCGUAGAUCUGUGGAAUAUCGCUUUAUUUCAUAACCAUUUCCACAUUAGACUAAGUUGGUUUCCAAGGCAUUUGUAUUCAAACAACAAAAUACCGUCUUUGCCAUCUUUCCAACUUCAGAGUCAUUUUUGCUAAAGUAAAAGGAAUAGUUCACCCAAAAAUAAGUAUUCUCUGUUUAUUUACUCACAUAUUUUAGUAUCACCGUUGUAGUUUCUAUUAAUGUUUUUAUUAUUUUUAUUAACUUAAUGAAUAUUUAAAACUCUAUAUGUUGACAUAUAUAUACUUGCUGCCCAUAUGUUGAUAUUUUCCCAUGAAAACACAAAAGGAGAGUUUUGAGGAGUUUGGAACAACACGAUGGUGAGUAAAUAAAGAUUUUUGGUUCCACUAUUCACUGUUACUCAAACACAGAGGAUUCCACAGAACCAUAAAUAAGGUGUUGUACAGUGACACAUGCUAGUGCAUGCUUCCACAUGCUUAUCUUGGUCAGCUAAUGGUUUAGAUCGUGUGAAAAUAGUUUACUCUAAAUUACUCAGCUGUUUUAUGGCAUGCUGUGUUGUCAUUCGUUUUUGGCAAUAGGUUUUUACAGCGGUUAAGUUUUAAGCCCAAACGAGUGAAUUUAACGCACAGAUAAUUUCACCAUUUGAUACUUUGUGAGUGUGUGUAAGGAACAAGGGCAAUAUACACUACAUUUAAAAUACAUACAAAUCUUCCAGGCUUUAGUUUUUUGCUGAUAUUUUUUUUUUCCA